AUGGCAACCCAAGGACCUGCUGGCCAAACAACAAUAGAUUCCCCGGCAGCUUCAUCCAAGUCGUACUCCUGCGUGAUUUGUUACCAGAGAAAGGUCAAAUGUGAUCGACAAGAUCCAUGUUCCAACUGCGCGAAGUCAAGGGCUGAGUGCGUCUAUCGCCCUCCGCCUCCUCCACGUCGCCGUAAAAGGGGACGUGGUAACGAAAGUGUCCCUCAUGGGCAUCGCAACAAGUCACGGCGACGGGACAGUGAGACGCGCAGUGCACAGCAAGAUGCUGGCGGUAUUUUGCCAACCGCCCAGCCUAGGCCUACUAGAAAGGCAGCUUCAUCGGCUGUCAUGGACGGAAAUGGACCGGGAAGAAUGAUCACCAGAGAGGGCAAUUCGGUCUAUCUUGAUAGCGUUAGCCAUGAGCUCCCAGAUGCAGCCGAUGUACUGGAUAAUGCAUCAGAAAGUGACACCGACACCUUUACCCCAGGUGCUGCCGAUGACACAAUGAUGAUUUUGAGUCCUGCAUCUCGAGAAUGUCUCACGGAAUUGCACCCUCAGCCAUUGCAUAUUUUCAAGCUCUGGCAAACGUUUCUCGAGAAUGUCAACCCGCUGACCAAGAUCAUACAUACUCCAACCGUGCAGCAGCAGAUCUUGGAGGCCAUGAGCGACUUAUCUCGUGUAGGGAAAGAUCUAGAGGCCCUGAUGUUCUCGAUUUACUGCAUUUCCUUAGUUUCCUUGCCAGCAGGAGAUGUUGAAAAAUCAUUCGGAGAGAGUAAAGCGUCUCUUCUCUCGAAGUACCGCCGAGGAGCUCAGCUUGCGCUUAGAAAUGCCUCAUUUCUCCGUACUUCGAGCGUUGUGGUUCUACAAGCCUUCAUAUUCUACCUGCUCAUGAAGCGCGCAUUGUCAGAUCGGCAUACCGUUUGGACUCUGUGUGGUAUCGCGCUGCGCAUUGCCCAGCGAAUUGGCCUUCACCGAGACGGCUCUCGGUUUGGGCUGUCAAUCUUUGAAACAGAGAUGCGCCGGCGAAUCUGGCUUCAAUUAAUCAUUCUAGACUCCACAUCGGCGCAGUUCAGCGGUGUUUCUCCGUCUCCAUUUCUAUCGUCAGCGGAUGUCCAGCCUCCAGCGAAUGCAAACGACAGCGAUCUUGACCCGCGUAUGACGGAGCCCCCUUCAGAUAAGGACGGUCCAACCGAGAUGAUUUUCUGCAAAGCUCGGUGUCAAUUUGGCAAAUGGGUUCGCCGCUACGCCAAAGACACUGAGAAUGAUUGGUCCUGGGGGAUCCUAUCUUCUUCGUCCAAGUCGAUAGAAGAAAAAGACCGAAUCAUCGAUGAGCUAGACGGGAUUAUAGAGAAGUCAAUUCUACGGCAUUGCGAUCGGUCCAUUCCUCUUCAUUUGCUCGCUACGCUGAUGAUGCGGUCGGCCAGCGCUUUCACGAGAUUGAUGGCACAUCAUCCUCGACAAUACCAGGACGGCAGCAAUUCCAUGCCGGAAUCCGAAAAGGAUAUUGUGUUCGAAAAUUGUUUAAAGAUGGCAGAGUACUGCGAUCAAUCCCAAACUAACCCAUCUAUCCAAGGAUUUCAUUGGCAUAUGGAGAAUCAUGUUCCAUGGGAUGCCAUCAUCAUCAUGCUGUCGGAAAUGCGGCAUCGCAGGUCUCCAGAGGAGAAAAGCAAGGCGUGGCAACUCAUUGCCAACAUAUAUACUCGGCUCCGUCGGAACUUGCGCAAGAAGUCACAAACGCCGCUUCACCUGGCCAUCCAGAACCUGAUGGUCAAGGCUUGGCGGGCUUACAUUGAGGAGUGUAACUCCCACCGUCGUACUCCUACAUCCUGUCCCACCAUAGUCGCGGAGUUCCUAGCUUCUGCCGAGGAUCGCUCGGAACCAAAUGCCGUGCAAAGUGGUCCUGUGGUUAUUGAACAAGACGCUGCAUUCUCAGGCCAACCUGACCCUAACUUCGCUGCUUCAUCUACCGGGCUUGAAGCCGACGAUUUUGGCUUUUUCCUGGGUAAUAGUCCGGAGGAUUGGAAUGAUUGGGACAGUCUCCUCAACCAGUUCAACGAAUCCAUGAUGGAUGCACCGUUCAUGUCAGACUUAGGAUGA